GCUGGCCACUCGGACAGGCUGUCGGACUACCUGCGGCGCUUGGACUUUGACCCCGCGUUCGAGUACCUGCGCGGCUUUACCUUCUCCGAAGCCAUGCUGGGCUACCUGAACCUGUACCUGCUGGUCGGCGCCCCCGUGGCCGUGGUGCUGGCCGUGCUGGAACACGGGCGCGUGCGCUGGCUGCAGGCGUUGGCGGUGGAGAGGCUGCCGGGCCCGGAGGCGCAGCCGCCCCCCGCGACACGGCGGGGGCGCGCGCGGAUCUGUGGACCCUGGCCACGACUCUGGCGUUCGUCGUGUCCCUCGGCUUCUUCCACCUGGAGCUGCCCUUUGCCCAUUACUUCUGCGCCGCCUGCGCCCUGA